CGAAGUUCUGAAGUACGAGGUUGACAAUUUGUUUUGAUUCAAGGAGCUCGACGACUGUUCUGGAAUUUUUGAGUGGCUAGCAAUCAAUGGACGAUCUGCGCUAUCAGUAUUGGUGAAGAGAGGAGUUGAUGCCGUUGGACUCCGUUCCGGCUGGGUCGUUUUCAUUCAGCUGCGCUGAACACCCCAUCGUUUCAUAACAUUACGCCACGGUGACCACGGCGCGGGCUUGGUGAAGAAUACGGUGCGUUACCCGCGUUGGGAUAUACAUCGGAAGCGGAGCGUUGAGUUGGGCCGGGGAGUUGCGGUAGCCGACAACAGGUUGUGAGAAAAAACACAAGAAAUUCGAGGGAGUUGCUGUUGGUGAGGCUGUUGUUGUUCAAAGGUCGUCGCUUGGAAGAUGGGAAAAUUAGAUGAUUGGUAUUAAUUGAAUUAGUGAUUGUGUGAAAAAAAAGUAGUCGGGGAAACAAAAUCAGAGCCGAGCUCAAAGGAGUGUGCGGAAGUAAAGGUCGAAGAAAGUGCGCGCACAAGCUUUAAGCUGGUUACACGAAGAGUGCGAAAAAGAGUUGCAAAGGUCUUGCGUUGGUGUGUAUUUGGGGAAGAGGAGAGUUCGUGCCCUAACGAGUGUGCAGUGAAGUUGUCGAAGAUCCGUCUCGAUGGAGCAUCGAGAUCAACGACCUGCUGUGGUGCAAAUUACUGCUGAACUUCGACCGGAAGCAUUCGCGACGAAUUCGGCAGGUUAAGGAAGACAAGUCCCGGAUGUGUUACGGAGCUAUAUACUCAAAACAAAAUCUGUUCAAAAGUAGUUCAAGAUUGUGGAUAUUCGAAGAUCGCCCCCAGUGAUCUCCAACCCGGCACGUGGAUGUGAUUUCUGAAUGGUAUGUUCCUUUUGCCAAGAUGAUGAUGAUGAUGAGCUAGUUGAGAGUGACUUGUGCACACUGGGCUCGCGACCUGGUAUGGAGUGUGUGCCAUUGAGAUCUCCAGCAGACCCGUAUCACUAUCAUCACGUCACCGAGCAAACAAAGUCAUUACAGGAAUUGCAGAAUGAAGUCGGCGCUCUAUUGGAAUUCCGCGAUCUGGUUAUCGAAACCUUUCCCGACCUUAAAACGAAGAUGGCAUCCGCAUCCGCCGCCAACAGCACACUCACCGGGAUCCCCUCGUCAUCAUUGGCGUCUAGCCGACGCGAGUGGGAGCCCGGAAUCCGCACGCGGCGGAAACUGACCGCCAAGGAUCACCUCUCGCACCAGGUCAGCGGCGGGACAUCGACCAGCGGCGGCGUCGUCGUAGUCUCCAGCACCACCACCACCACCGAUAUCCACCAUCCUCACCACCAUCACCACCACCAGCACCACCACCAGCCCCACUCGUCCUCGCUGAUCAGCCGAAGUCGGAGCAACUCGCAGAGUGGGGGCAGCAGCGGGGGAGGUGGCGGCAGUGGCAGUGGCAGCGGCGGCCACCGGAAGGAACCAAAGAGCGGCGACGCGCAGAGCAGCGGCAGCGUCGUAAUUCAGGACUCGGGCUUCUCGACGGAGACGUCCUCGUCGAAGGAGACCCACAGUGCCUCGUCGUCGACGGGGAACGGCGGCGGCGUGCUGCUGCUGCAGGGGGGCAACGUAUCAAAUACGGCGGCGGCGGCGAGCCAUCAGCAGCGGCUGGACACCGAGGACGAGCUGUGGAAUUUACUAGAUGUGAUACAUAGGAAAAGCAAUCGACUCCGGGAGGAGGUGGACGCGCUGCAGCAGCUGGAGCGGGAAAAGUGUCGAACAAAUGUGCUGAACCAGAACCAGAACGUCGUGGGGCAGAACGUCGCGACGGCCGGCGGCGGCAGCAGUAGUAGUAGCAAUAGUUCUAACAAUAAUCAUCAUCAUAUUCAUAGCGGUAGUAGCGGUAGCAGUAGUAGCAGUAGUGGCAACCUUCCCCAUCACCAUCACGCGGCCCCGACGACGACGGUGGGUGGCCUGGCGAAAACCUUCCAGAACCAGCUCCUGGUGGACGUUGUAAAUAAGGACGAUGUACAAAUCCUGCGCAAAGAGCGGGACCGACUGUUUGAGCAGCUCUCGGACUACGAGGCCGAGGCGAUGGCGAGCCGGAUACGGGCCACCAAGAUGCAGGACGACGUGGACGUGCUGGCGGCGGCCAAGCGCGACCUCGAGGGCCAGCUGCAGGCCGCGCUAAGUCAGAAGCUAGAGCUUAACACUAAGAUUCAUGAUCUCCACCAGCAGUUUGUAAAUAAGAGUGCGCCUAGUUCCCCCGAUUCCAUCAAAAGUCGACACCUCCAGACGCUCACCCCGAGCAGCGGCGUCGGCCUACUGCGGAAACACUCGUCAACGGACUCGACCACGACGACGCUCCAUCUGUCCACCUCGACGACCUCGUCACCCUCCUCCAACAGUCAGCAGCACCUACUUAAACCGUCCGCUACCCGCGCCGGUUCCAGCUUUGCCCCCAUCGUCAAAAGUAGCGCCAAGGCGGAAGCGGCGGACCACCAUCCUACUAGUCCCGAUGCCGCCGCCCUCGGCAAGCUGGACGGUCUGCUCAGCUCGCCGGCCCGGGUCAACAAGGUGCGGAUGACGGACUCGAAGAAGAUCGCCGCCAUCCUGCUGGAGACGAACAUUGUCGAGUUGCAGCGGCACCUGCUGACCAUCACCGUGCAGAAUCAGGUUCUACAGCAGCGGCUAGAGUACGCCACCCGGUCACGGAUCUUCAUGAGCAAAAAGCUGGACAAAUCGAAAGAGGAUAUCGACGAUCUGAAAUUUCGGCUCGAGGAGAAGAACAUCGAACUGGAGGGCACCAAGGCGCAGCUGCGGGUUCUGGAAUCCAAGCAACAGCAACAUCAAUCCGGCAAAUCCUCCGUCGCCUCUUCGGGCUUCAGCCCGGAACAUCACCCAACGGUAACCGCGGUCGCCGCCGCAACUCCUACCGCCCUCGUCGCCCCGGUGAAGCCGUCCGUAGUUAGCACGUCUGCGGGUGGCAUCGUGACCAGCCAGCCGUUCCACCACCAGCAGCGGGACUUGACGCUGCGGUUACAGCAGGCGAGUCAGGUUUCCACUCCGAGCAUGAAGGCGAUGAUUCCGCUGGCGAUGGACGAGGUGCUGCACCACAGCAGCAGUACCGAGUCGGCGCAGGACCAGGCGGAACGGUUGACGUAUCCGGAGACGCCGAAGCGGAAGCCGAGCAAGAUUCCGCUGCCGGGGACGAAGGGUUACGUGGCGCCGAAGCCGCCGACGGGGCGGAAUUUUGUGGCGAACGCGCCGAAGAACUCGCCGUCGCCGUCGGGGUCGCUGUCGAACAAGUCGCUGAACAAGAGCACGGGCAGUUUGUACAUGCGGUCGACGGGGCCGAGUUCGAUUAGCAGUGGGAAUCGAGUGGCGCGGGAUACCAGCAUGAACCGGCCUGAGUCGGCGCAGAGCUGGAGCAGGCGGGACACGUCGCUGGAGAAGAGUCGGAGUUCCUCGAUACCGGUGUCGUCGAAGGGAUCGCCGGUGGCGGCUAAGCCGCCGCCUUCGGCCGUUGUGAGCAGUUCACCGCAGCCCAAGGCCAAGCGGGACUCGCUGACGACGCGGGUGAAGAACUUGGACUCGCUGUCCCGGUUGCAGACGGCUGCAUCCACCGGGAAUUUGAGCAAGUCCAGCUCGAAAAAGGACCUCAGCUCGACGAGCUUCAGCACGGGUCGGCCGAAGCAGGCUUCCGGUGGGGGUGGCAUUCGGCGCGUCAGCAGCGCCUCCAUCGGACGAAGCUCGUCGACGGAACACAGCGGUGGAAGCAGCAGCAACGGUUCCUCCUCGGUGGCGGCCUCCCCCACGGACAACAGUGACAACGGCAAGGCCCGAAGAACCAACACGUUCCGCCUGGCCAGGCCUACCCUGAUGCCACCCCUGGAGGUUCCCUCCUCGAUAGCAGCGGCGCCGCCCCGCGGUGGUGGCCCGCAACUGCUACGGCGCAGCCAUCUGCCGGUCGUCGUUCCGCCGAGGAAACCAACCGCCGCCGCGUCCACGCUAAUCAUAAUGGCGUCCUCGCCGGACGCCACCGCCCACGACGCGUCUUCGUCUUCCUGCUCUUCCGGGUCCGGCUCGUCGCCGUCCUCGGUGACCACGGUCACCACGAUCGAGUCGCACUCGUCUUCGACGCAGGCUCCGCCCGCUUCGCGGGACUUGAUCGGGGAGUACCUGGCGGCCAAGAGUCGAACUCAGGGGCCGCCCGCCAUUUUGAUUCCGCAGCAGGCGGCGGCGGCUGCGCCGCGACGGGACGCUGACGAUCUGGAGCUGGCCUACAAGCAUCCGAUACUGCUGAUGAACGACGAGGACGAGCAGAACGUGUUCUGCAGCGUGGUGUCCAGCGUCGGGAACGAGCGGAACCGGGAGGUUGAGGUGCGGUACGUCGAUGACAACUCGAUAGAGCUGCUGGACGCGCGGGAAGACUUUGGCGAGGGCGAGAAGGAGUCGUUGAUUGUGCCAAAGCCGAAGAAGAUGGCGUUCCACUCGCUCAAGGGAAGCCCGGUGAAAAACGGCGCCGACGACCAGGACGCCAAGUGCCGGCUGGUCGGCAAGGUCAACCCGAACAUCCUGAAAACGUGGGAACAGCUCAGCGGCGGAGACAAGGGCGAACCGGUGGCGAAGCGCAAGAGCUCGCUGAUCACGGUGACCUCGUCGGAGAACAGCGCCGACAGCAAGCAGAGCUGUCUGAUCUUCUACCGGAACCAGUACAACAACCUGACGGCGCCGGAAGAGGAGGAGUUCCACGUGAACCGCAUCCAGCACGGUUCCGUCUCGACGACCAGCUCGUCCAGCACGAUGGAGGAGCCCAAAGCGGCCGCGGAUCCGCGGACUACUUCGAUGGUCACCUCGACGACGACGACGGAAACGACCAGCUCCGAGGGUUGCUACGAUUUUUACGACAGUAUCGACGACAGUAGUACCAGGAUCGACGGAGUGGUGCUGGAGGAAGACGAAGACGACGACGAGUACGCGAUGGCGGCCGGCGAAGGGCUCGCAGACUUUACCUCGCUCGACCGGAAGAAGAUGAUGUGGUCGAUUGACGUGGAGUAGGGGGGAGAGAGAGAGGGUGUUUUUGUUUUGGGUAUUUCUCGCGAUAAGCAAUCAGUAUUGUUGACAGUACGGUUUUUUGUGUUUGUAUUCGGAAAUAAAUGUCUACUUUUUAUGUUUUUCACUUGAAUCCGGAAGAGCUGAGGACGGA